UCCCCUUCUCCUCUUCCCAUGGAGGUGAGCCUGAUGCGGCUCCUCCUCCUCUCUCUUCUCCUCCUGCUUCUAACAAAAUCAACAAGCUCCCAAAACUCCAACGACUUGAAUAUCACUCUCACCUCCUUCCUCAAAAAACUCUCAACCAAUCCCCGAAUUGAUCAGGAACUUGGCUGGACUCCUGCCUCCGAUCCCUGCCGUGACCGUUGGAAAGGCAUCGCCUGCAACAAAGAUGGAAAAUCUGUCCGUGCUUUAGUUCUUGAAUCGCUCAAACUCGAUGGUUCCAUUGAUGGUACUCUUCUCUCCCAUCUCUGCAACUCUGGCCCUCUCUCAAUACUGAGUCUCCAGGACAAUGCCCUCAAUCGUGGCCUACCUUCAGAAAUCUCUAGCUGCACCAGAUUGACCCAUGUUUAUCUCAGCAAUAAUCGCCUCUCAGGUAGCCUUCCAUCUUCUCUACCGAGCUUAAAGAGCCUGAAGAGGCUUGAGAUCUCCCACAACAACUUCUCUGGCAAUAUUCCGUCGAAUAUGUCGAGGAUUUCAGGCAUCUUAACGUUUCUUUCCAAUAAUAAUCACUUUACUGGUAGCAUACCCGAUUUCAGCAUGAACUUCAUGGAUGAAUUCGAUGUUUCUUUCAAUCAAUUCUCUGGUUCUGUGCCUGCGAAUUCGGAAAAAUUCCCUGUUUCGAGAUUUGUUGGAAAUCCUGGCCUAUGUGGCAAACCACUUAGCGUGGCAUGCCCUCCUCCUCCUUCUCCACCUCCUCUUAUUCUUUCUUCUCCUCUUCCACCAUCAUCUCCUUCCAGUCACAAAUCCAAGAGGACAUUAAUGAGCAAAGUUGUCAUGGUCUCAGGCUAUGUUCUCCUUGCUCUGGUCAUUAUUCUGUUCUUGGCGUACAGAUGUCUCAAGAAAAAGAAGAAUAAGAAUGGUCCCCUUUAUAAGGGAGAAAUAAAGGAGAAGAAGAUUGCAGAGAGCAGUGAGAAGUCAGGGAAUCCCUCCCGGUCGGAGUACUCGAUAUCAUCGGCGGCUCAUAGCUCUGAAGGGGUUUCGACAUCUCUUGUUAUGCUGAAGAAGGAUGGAUGUAAAGAUCUGAAAUUUGAGGAACUUCUGAGAGCUCCGGCGGAAUUGCUCGGAAAGGGGAGGUUCGGGAGUCUGUACAAGGUGGUGAUCAAUGGAGGUGCUGAGUAUGCGGUGAAGAGGAUAAAAGAUUGGAGCUUGUCAGGGGAUGAAUUUAAGAACAAGAUUAUGAAGAUGGAUCAGGCAAGACAUCCAAAUGUUCUUCCAAUUACAGCCUUCUAUUGCUCCAAGCAGGAGAAGCUUGUGGUCUAUGACUUUCAGAAGAAUGGAAGCCUUUACAGACUCCUCCAUGAUAAUAAAGAAAGCCGGCCAUUCACAUGGAAAAGCCGCCUGAACGUCGCCGCCGGCAUCUCCGCCGGCCUUUCGUUCAUGCACCGAUCACUUGCCAACUCCGGCGCUGCUACUACUGCCGGCCACGGCAACCUCAAAUGUUCCAACAUCCUCCUAUCCUCCACCAUGGAUCCCCUCAUAAGUGAAUACGGCCUCACCGCUCUCCCCACCCACCGCCACGCCGGAAAAACCCAACCUUUUUCGCCCACCAACGACGUCUAUGACUUGGGGGUCAUCUUCCUCGAGCUUCUAACAGGGAAGCCGAGUCAUGGCUUCAAUUUGGCACAGUGGGUUCAUUCGGUGGUGCGGGAGGAAUGGACGGUGGAGGUUUUCGAUAAGUCGUUGCUCAGUGAUGAGGAGAUGGUGGAGGAGACGAUGAUGAGGCUGCUUCAGGUGGCGCUGCAGUGCAUGAACGGCGAUGUGAAUGCACGGCCGAGUAUGGCGGAGGUGGCGGCGAAUGUCGCCGGAAUGAUGGAGUGAGGGUAAAGAAAGAAGGUGAUAUCGGUUCGGUUGUUGGUUCAUGUAAGGAAUUAUGUGUGAUUUUUAAGGGAAAUGUAA